ACCAAGGUCCAAAGAUGUUCAAGUUUUUUCGGUUGGGUAAUAUCAACACGUCAAAAAAAAAAAAAAAUAUCAACACGACAACACCCAUUUGAGGAUAACACAAACAUUAGCAAGCAAAGAGGCUGCUAUGGUUCCCGCCAUUGAUGGCAUCAACCUCUCAUCUCUUUCUCUUUCUCUCUCCUCUCCUUCACCGCCCUCCUCUUCACUUCCCCCCUAAACUCUCUUCACUUUCUCUCUCCAAAUUCACCCUUCAAAACCACCCAGUUUCAUCCUCUUCUUCUCCUCCUCAUUUCCACUCUAACCCACAAUUUUCUCCACUUUACCAGCAAACUCAUCUCCCCUUUUCUUCCUCUAAUACACCAGAAAACUCUCUUUCAUCAGAAGAUGUCCAAUUUCUCUACAAUAAAUGUCUUGAAUUACUUCAAUUAUCUGUUCGUUACAAUGAUGUUGAGCUUGCAAGAGCUCUUCAUUCCUUGAUUUUGAAGCUGCAAGAGGACAAUUACUUGCUCAAUUCAUUGAUUACUGCUUAUAUUAAACUGGGUUUUCUCUCUGAUGCUUAUAAUGUGUUUUCAGGAAUUUCAAACCCUGAUGUUGUGUCUUACACUGCUAUUAUCUCUGGAUUUUCGAAGUCGGUCGGGUUCGAAUUCGAGGCGAUUCGGAUGCUGAUGAGGAUGAGAGAGAGAGGUAUCGAGCCAAAUGAGUUCACUUUUGUUGCAUUUUUAACUGCUUGUUCUAGGAUUUAUGGGUUGCAGUUGGGGUUUCAGGUUCAUUCAUUGGUUGUUAAGUUUGGGUAUUUGUGUUCUACUUUUGUUGUCAAUGCUUUGAUGGGUUUAUAUAGCAAAUGUGGGUGUUUAGAUGAUGCACUUCAGUUGUUUGAUGAAAUGUCUGAAAGAGAUGUUGCAACAUGGAAUACAGUUAUAUCUGGGGUUGUGAGUGAAGGAAUGUAUGAUAGGGGUUUUCAGUUGUUCUGUGAAAUGCAGAGAAGUGAUGCGUUUAGAGCGAACCAUAUAACGAUUUCGAGCCUUGUAAGUGCUUGUGCUGGGUGUUCUGCUCGAGUUUUGGGAAGAGAAAUUCAUGCUCAUGCACUUAAGAUGGGGUUUGAUAAUAAUUUGAGUGUUAGUAAUUCGCUUAUUGGGUUUUACACCAAGUGUGGCGGUGCUAAAGAUGUGCAGGCAGUAUUCGGAAGAAUGCCUAUCAAGGAUGUCAUUUCUUGGACGAGUAUGAUUACCGCUUUGAUGGAGUUUGGGAUGGUGGAGCUAGCUUUAGAAUUAUUUGGUAAGAUGCCAGAGAGAAAUGCUGUCUCUUUCAAUGCUGUUCUGGCAGGGCUUUGUUUGAAUAUGGAGGGUUUAAAAGCUUUAUAUUUUUUUUGUAGAAUGGUUAAUCAUGGUGUUGAAUUAACAGAACACACACUAACAAGUGUUAUUAGCGCAUGUAGCUUGUUGGCAGAAAAGGAUUUCAGUGAGCAAAUACACGGUUUUGUGGUUAAGUUUGGCUUUCGAUCAAAUGCCUGUAUUGAAGCAGCACUACUAGAUAUGUGCACAAGGUGUGGAAGAAUGACUGAUGCUGAAAAGAUGUUUCAUCAGAGCAAACGUGACCAAAGUCUUUCAGUAAAAUGGACAUCUCUAAUUUCUGGAUAUGCUCGAAAUGCACAGCCAGAGGAAGCAAUGAAUCUGUUCAAGUGGGAAUCUCAAGAAAUCCUGGUAGUUGAUGAGGUUGUAGCAACUACGAUACUUGGAAUUUGUGGAGCUCUAGGAUUUCAGGAGAUGGGAGAGCAAAUGCAUUGUCAUGCCCUAAAAUGCGGGCAUCUUUAUGAUGUAGUGCUGGGAAAUGCCAUCAUCAGCAUGUACUCAAAAUGUGGUUACAUGGAAGGUGCUACGAGAUUUUUCAAUUCCUUACCCAUACGUGAUGUAGUAUCAUGGAAUUGUUUGAUUGCAGGUUACCUUCUUCUGAGGCAGGGUGAUGAAGUGCUGGCUGUUUGGUUGAGGAUGAAGAGGUCACACAUAAGGCCAGACUCAAUCACACUUAUUCUAAUAAUUUCUUCUUUCCGGCAUACCAGGUCAAACAUGCUACAUGAUUGCCGGAAAUUGUUUUCCUCAAUGACUAGGGAAUAUGAUGUCAAACCUACUUCAGAUCAUUAUGCCUCCUUUGUUAGUGUUCUAGGUGACUGGGGUUUCCUUGAGGAGGCUGAGGAUAUAAUAUCUAAGAUGCCUUUUGAGCCAAAAACCUCAGUUUGGCAAGCUUUACUUCGUAGUUGUGAUAUUCAUUCAGACUCAGUGAUUAGAAAGAGGAUAGCAAAACGAAUUCUAGCUAUACAACCCAAGGAUCCUUCGACGUUUAUACUUGUAUCAAACUUGUUCUCUGCGUCUGGUAGAUGGCAUUGCUCUGAAAAUGUUAGGGAGGAGAUGAGGAAGAAAGGGAUCAGAAAACAUCCAGCACGUAGUUGGAUAGUUCGUCAAGACAAGGUUCAUUCAUUUUAUACCAGAGAUAGAAAUCAUUCUCAAUCGAAAGACAUCUAUAGUGGAUUGGAAAUCCUGAUCUUGGAAUGCUUAAAAGCUGGAUAUGUGCCUGAUACUAGCUUCGUUCUCCAUGAAGUGGAGGAGCACCAGAAAAAGGAUUUCCUUUUCUAUCAUAGUGCGAAACUAGCAGUGACAUAUGGCCUUUUGACGACCAUGCCAGGGAAACCCAUUAGAGUUACGAAGAAUGUUCUUUUAUGUGGCGAUUGCCAUAACUUCUUUAAGUAUGUGUCAAGAGUCACUAAAAGAGAGAUAAGUGUUAGAGACACGUCAGGUUUUCACUGUUUCUCUGAUGGAAAAUGCUCAUGUAGAGACCACUGGUAAUCUUUAUCGGAUUUGAUUGAAUGUGGUCUUGCUGCUGUAUCAACGUGGUGGAAGAUUGAAAGUCCAAAGCUCUUGUAUGUGACUUAUUUUAAGGACGCGAUGGCUAAAUGUAAAUACAUGCUGAAGGAGCAAAUUAAGUACAGUAGGAGAACAAAAUUUUGAGGUAUCCUUGUUAGAUCAUUGACACUCGGACAUGAGUGGGACGUACCUUUCGGCCAAAAAUUGAAAAUGUUGCACAAAGUAGUCAAGUUAGCCACUUGAACACAUACUUGUACUUAAACAUCAUUAAUUGGGUAAAAUCUGAAAAGCAUGCUGAUGUAGCUCUACCUAAUGGGUCUACUUAGCAGAACAUAUAUACCUUGCAAUUAUUGCAACUUAAAAAUUGUCCAAAUUCCAAAAGCUCCUG